AAAUGUUAUUGUUUUCUGAAGCGGGGGCGAAAGCAGCACAUAAAAUUGACAGAACAUUUUCGAAACUGUAAGGCUUUAAAUGGUGUCGCUGUAUUUACAAAUUUACAGUUUUGAAUAUUGGAGGUAAAGGUAAAGCUAUUUGGAAUGACAAAAAAUUAGACAUGGCGACUAGCAGUUCAGACGAAAGUCUAACAGCUCCAAAAGAUUUCCAUCUGUCUUCCUCCCUGGACAGUGGCAGUCGAAAUAGUCCCAUUCCUCAGAAGUGCCCGUUGUGUUGGAACUUUAGAAAAAAGUUUUACUGCAGGGAGUGCAUUUAUAAUGGCGAAUUUUGCCAUUCAAACUCCACUGAAAGGUACAUCGACAAAAAAUUACGACUACGUGAGAUAGUAGCCGCCAAAAAGUCCUACGAAAACACCUGCCUACCUUUGCUGGAAAAAAGGCAAGACUUAGAUGAAUUGUCUUCUUCAAUAAGACAUAAGCGGGAGUGGAUAAGGAUUCUUCAAAAUGCCGUUAAAGAGAAGAAAGAGAGGCAGGUUCUUCUUAAGAAUGAGCUAAUCGAUAUACGUCACAAAAAUGAAAAAAUGUCUAAGAGUCUACCAAAGUAUGAAGAAAAAGUCGAAGAGCUGGGUUGUUACGUUGAAGGCAAGGAGGAGAAGAUCAAAAAGGCAAAGAUGGAGUUGGAAAAGAAACAGCGCGAUUUAAAACAACUUACUCGAGUACGGAUCAAGCAGCUGAUUGAAUAUAUUUUUCCAAUAACCUUAGUACAGCCAAAAAUGUAGGUUAUUUCUUGCAUUGUUAGUUUACGAUAAUUUAACUAGGUUGGUAGAAUUUAUGAUGGAAA